AUGGAAGCGCGUUUGUCGCCCGAAGUCCAUCGGAUAACUGUAGCCCCCAAACGGCGCUGGCCAAGACGCGCAUGCGCGCAGUGGCGGCGGGACGGGGGAAGAGGCGGUCUGUUGCUGUCAGUUAAUGGUGGACGAGGAGCGGAGGGGAGAGUGAGUGUGUUACUAUGUCUCGAUACAACCGAAACCAAGGUCUAUGUAGGUAACUUGGGAACAGGUGCCGGUAAAGGGGAACUAGAGCGUGCAUUCAGCUACUACGGACUACUGAGAACUGUCUGGAUAGCACGGAAUCCCCCUGGUUUUGCUUUUGUGGAAUUUGAGGAGCCUCGAGAUGCUGAAGAUGCUGUUCGUGGUUUGGAUGGCAAGGUAAUUUGUGGCUCACGUGUUCGAGCGGAAUUGUCUACUGGAAUGCCACGCCGUUCUCGCUUUGAGCGGCCCCCAGCACGCCGCCCCUUUGAUCCAAAUGAUCGAUGCUAUGAGUGCGGGGAAAAAGGUCAUUAUGCUUAUGACUGUCACCGUUAUAGCCGACGCAGAAGGAGCAGGUCCAGAUCUAGGUCUUGUUCACCCUCGCGUGGAAGAAGGUACACCCGUUCAAACAGCCGUAGCCGUGGCAGACGGUCCAGAUCUUUUUCUCCUCGGAGGUCCCGGUCGUAUUCUCCAAGAAGAUCUCGGUCAUUCACUCCGAAAAAGUCAAGGUCUAGAUCAAGAUCCAGAUCUCUCUCAAGGCAAAGAAGCAGGUCUCUAUCCCCUGUAAGAAGAUCCCCUGUACGAAGAUCCCCUGUAAGAAGAUCCAAGUCUAAAUCUCCAAUAAGAAGCAGCCGAUCGAAAUCCAGAUCACUUUCACCAAAGCGAAGUCACUCACCAUCUGGGAGCCCUCGCAGAAGUGCAAGUCCUGACAGAAAUGACUAAAGAUUGAAAAGCGAAUCUUUAGAAAUAAUAGUUUUUGUUUACAUUCUUUAAAGUUGUAAGGGAUUUUUUUUGUGUGCGAUUUCUUGUUUUGAUUUAAAUGUAAGGGCUUGUUUCUAAAUUUGUUCCCAUCAAACUUUCUUUUCCGCUUGUGGAAAAAACAUGGCACGGGUAGGACAGAUAUCUAGACCAAUUUGAAAGAACACAUCUAAGUGUAGACAACUAAAUCCAGUAACCUGCAUUUUUUCCCUCGUUUUAAUAUCCCACUCAUCCAAGUUGAAAUGUAUUGCUUUUUUUGUAUCUGGAAAUAGAAAUAAAUGAGUCGUCCUA